UUUUGAACUUAGUAAUACUACAACUGCGGUCUAGUUCAAAACCCUCUUGAUACGUGUUUUUUAUUUUAUUAUAUUCACAUCAAAUAAAAAUUAUCUAAACAAAAAUAGUUAUAAAAAUGAAUUUUAAAACUAACAACUCGUUUGAUAUUGCAUUAAUUGUGCUGCUAAGCUUGAGCUUGCUAGUCAAUAGUCAAGCCGCCGAUGUACUUGAAGACAUUUGCCUCCGAUGCAUUUGCGAAGCUACAAGUGAUUGUGAUCUGACAAAACGCUGUACUAAAGGAAAUGAUGUUUGUGGGAUUUUCCAACUCACUUGGGCUUAUUGGCAUGACGCCGGUCAACUGACAGUAAAUAAUGAAUCUACAGAAAACCAAAGUGCUUUUCCAAAUUGUGCUAAUGAUCCUAUUUGUGCAGUCAAUACAGUCCUCAAUUAUAUGCAAAUAUUCGCUCAGGAUUGUAAUGGAGACGGUCAAAUUAAUUGCUACGAUUAUGCUUCCAUUCAUAAAUUGGGCGGUUAUGGUUGCAAAGGUGGAAUUUCAGGAUCAUAUGCAACUAAAUUGGAUCAAUGUUUACAAUCUUAUGAACCAAAAUUAAAAUAAAAAGAAUUUUCUAAUAAAAUAUUUGAUAACGUGAUUUUCUAGUUUAAAAAAAAUGUCUACUACAAAUACUGUUAGAAGCUAUAUUUUAAAUCUUCUUUUUAAAUAUUUUAUAAUAAUAAAUAAACCAUAAAUGAAUACAA